UUGGUCUGCCCUUUUUUAGUGAUGCAUUUUUUUCCCGUGUCCUCGAAUCGUUUCUACGUGUCGUCUAAUGUCGCCAGUCGUUUUUCGUCACUUGUUACUUUCGGUCUGUGUUAGUGUUAUUAAACGAUGUGAUAAUUAUUGCUAAAUUAUUUUCUACAUUAAAAUUUAUUUUAAUUUUUGUGUUUAAAAUGAAUACGUGAAAUUUAAAAGUGAUCAUUUAAUGGUAUUUGUUGUACAGUAUAGCAUUUUUCUAAGAUGUAUAAAUUCAAAAAUAUUUAUCCAGAAAAACUAAUACUUCCGGCGCCUCCUACAUUUUCUUAGUGUAACUUCUAAAUUAGGUCUCUGGACCGUUGUGAUAAUAAAACUCACAGAAAUUCAAUCAUUUUUUUUAUUUAAUAAGUAAAAAUAAUUUUGUUUGAAAAAUGAACGGAGAACUCACUACUAUGUGGACGAUAUUUUUAUUAGUGUUGGGAUUUUGUAGAGCUCAAGAGUUAAAUCAGCAGCUGAUGAUACAAAAUCCUUGUAUACUUAAACAAACGUGUCAUGAAUGCAUACAGACACCAACUUGUGCUUGGUGCGCUCAACCAUCGUUUGAUGGUAAACGUUGCUUUCAACCCAAUAUUAACUCUAAUUUGUUAUUACAAUGUGAAGAACGUUAUAUAAAUAAUCCUGACAAUGUAUUUACUAUUAUGGAGUCCCGAAAACUUCAAAAAGCUAGCAGAUUAACUUCUAGUAGUAGUUUUAGUAGCAGUAGUAGUAGUAGUAGUAGUAGUUCCAGUUCUAGUUCUAGUUUUGGAUCAAAUUCAGGAGGAUUUUCUGGUUCUGGACAUGAAGCUAUCCAAAUAUCUCCUCAACGAGUUUCCUUAAAAUUGAGAAUAAAUGAAGCUUAUAGGAUAUCAUUUAACUAUGCACAAGCUGAAGAUUAUCCUGUUGACUUAUAUUAUUUAAUGGAUUUAUCAAAAUCAAUGGAGGAUGAUAAAGAAAAAUUGUCUGCUCUUGGAAAUUUGUUAGCUGAAAGUAUGCAAAAUAUUACAUCAAACUUUCGUCUUGGUUUUGGUAGCUUUGUUGACAAAGUUGUUAUGCCCUAUGUCAGCACAGUUCCUAAAAAACUUGAAACUCCUUGCGAAUUUUGUGUUCCUACAUAUGGUUUUCGAAAUCAGUUGUCAUUGAGCUCGGACACUGAUCUAUUCUCAGGUGAAGUUAGAAAAGCAAGUGUAUCAGGCAAUUUAGAUGCUCCUGAAGGUGGCUUUGAUGCCAUAAUGCAAGCAAUUGUAUGUAGAGAGCAAAUUGGUUGGAGAGAACGUGCACGCAGAUUACUUGUGUUUUCUACUGAUGCUGGAUUUCAUUAUGCAGGCGAUGGAAAACUUGGUGGAAUUGUAAAACCAAAUGAUGGUAAAUGCCAUUUAGAUAAUAGUGGUAGUUAUACACAUUCAAAUGUUCAAGAUUAUCCAUCAAUUUCACAGAUUAAUUUAAAAGUAAGACAAAAUUCAAUUAAUAUGAUUUUUGCUGUUACAUCUGAACAAAUAAGUGUGUAUGAACGUUUGAGACUACAUAUUGAAGGAUCUUCUGCAGGUACUUUAUCCAAUGAUUCAGCUAACGUUGUGGACUUAGUUAAAGAUCAAUAUAAUAAAAUUUCAUCAUCAGUUGAAAUUAAAGACACUGCAUCUGAAUCCAUCAAGGUUACAUAUUAUUCUAGUUGUCUUGACAAAAGUGGUCAACUAAAGCAAACUAACAAAUGUGAUGGUCUUAAAGUUGGUACUGUAGUGCAAUUUCAAGCAGAAAUAGAAGUGACUUCAUGUCCACCAAAUCACAAACAUUGGCAUCAAACAUUCCAAAUAUACCCUGUUGGUAUUAAUGAAUCUUUAACUGUAAAUCUAGAAAUGCAAUGUGAUUGUUCAUGUGAAAAUCCUGGAAAUAUUGGAUAUAUUGAAAAAUCUUUUGAAUGUCAUGGUGCUGGCACACUUAAAUGUGGUAUAUGUGAGUGUGAUCCAUUUCAUUUUGGCCGUACUUGUGAAUGUGAUGCAAACAACAAUCGACAUGGUAAUGAUUCUUCAGUUAUAUCUGGGUGUCGCCCUAAUAAUGACACAGAAGUUAAUUGUUCUGGACGUGGUGAAUGUAAUUGUGGGCAAUGUGAUUGUCACAAAAGAAUAAAUCCCGAAGAAAAAGUUUAUGGAAAUUUCUGUCAAUGUGAUAAUUUUUCAUGUGAUCGUUCCGGAGGUACUUUGUGUGGUGGUCAUGGAAUAUGUGACUGUGGGGUAUGUAAGUGUAAACCAGGUUGGACUGGGGAAUCAUGUGCCUGCCAUGCUACUAAUGAUACAUGCAUUAUGGAUGGUAGUAAUGAAAUAUGUUCUGGUCGUGGAGCAUGUGAAUGUGGUGUAUGUAAAUGUUUUGUUGAAGAAAAUAUAAGAUAUUCUGGAAAAUAUUGUCAAAAAUGCCCAACUUGUCCUGGACGCUGCCAAGAAUUUAAAGAUUGUGUGCAAUGUCUUGUUUAUAAAACAGGGCCACUGUCACCAGAAGAAUGUGCUCAAAAUUGCACUAUUAAACCAAUUCUUGUGAAAGUAGCUGAGGCUAACGAAGAAAAAGAUGAAAACCUUUGUUCAUAUUAUGAUUCUGAUGAUUGUCGAUUUGCUUAUGUUUAUACUUAUGACCAAACCGGAAAAAUUGUUAUUCGCGCUCAAGAAGAAAGAGAGUGCCCACCCAUAAUUCAUGUGACUGGAAUAAUUUUUGGAGUUAUAAGUGCUAUUGUAUUAAUUGGCAUGGCUUUCUUACUACUAUGGAAACUGUUAACUACAAUAAAUGAUAGAAGAGAAUUUGCUAAAUUUGAAAAAGAGCGUAUGAUAGCCAAAUGGGAUACUGCUGAAAACCCUAUUUACAAACAAGCAACUUCAACAUUCAAAAAUCCGACAUAUAUGGGCAAAUCUUAAUUUCCUGAUGUGUUCAAAACAAUAAGUCUAAUUUUGAGAGACCUUAACUGAACAAGUAGCUUACAUGUUAAUUUAGCUUUUGUUAGCAGUUAGAACACGUGCCAUAGACAUAUAUGAUAGAUAAUUAACACUUAAUUUUUUUUUUGUACAUAUACUACAUGGAAAUUUAUGUAAAUUAACAUACAUCAGUAUGUUUGACUUUUUUAGUUCUCUUAAAAGUUAACGCCCUAUAAAUUUUUGUGUUGAAAUGUAUAUGAACAUUCAAAACAAAUCAACAUAAUCAUUAAAUCAUAGAUAUAUAAAUAGAAAUACUUAAAGAACACAUCCUAAUAUUUAUUUUUGUUAAUGUAUUUAAAGUUUUUCUGUAAAUUACUUCUACUUUGUUAAUAUUUUAUUAUUGUAAUAUGUACUAGAUAAUGUAUACAUAAUUUAUUUUUUAUAUUUUAUACUUAAAGUAAUUAACAGAUCUCUGAAAUUAAAAUUUAUUCUAAUUCUGAAUUUGAGCUUAUGUACUUCUCAUAAACCAUUAAUUUUUGUCUAGUCUAUUUCAUGAAAUUAUGUCUGUUUAUAAAAUUAUAAUUAAAAACUUUUAAUGAUUGUAAUUAAUUUUGAAGAAUUCACAUUUAUCAUAAAAUGUUUGCCAUUAAUUAUUUAGUACUUACACAAAACAUUUUUAGUGCCUUAACAACUAUUCUUUGUGUGCUAAUGUUGUGCCUUUUAUUGUAUUAUAAUAUUAACGACUGACUUAAUUAUUAUAAAUAAAUUUUUUUUUAAUUAU